UGUGAGUUUAAUCGGCCUCAGCCUCACAUAUUAGCAUUCCCACUCCCCAAACAAGGCCACAUAAACCCGCUCCUUCAAUUCUGCAAGCGACUCGCUUCACGCCGCGUUCGCGUCACGCUCCUACUCCCCUCCUGCGCCGCCCCCUCCCUCCACGUCCUCCCCACUUCCCGCUCCGUCCAAAUCGCCGCCAUCUCCGCCGCCGCCGUCGCCAAUGUCACUUCCGAUGCCUUCAGAACCGCCGUCGCCGACGGCCUCGCCGAUUUCCUCGCCGGAUCCGACCCGAAGCCCGCCCUCCUCGUCUACGAUUCCCUCAUGCCCUGGCUUCUCCCCGUCGCCAAGCGCUUCGGACUCCACGGAGCGCCGUUUUUCACCCAAUCCUCCGCCGUUAACCAAAUCUUCGAUCUCAUCCAUCGGGGAGCGCUAGAGGUGCCGGUUGAAGACGGCGCUCGGAUCUCGCUUCCUUCUCUGGCGGUUGACCUCGACGCCGCGGAUUUGCCGAUUUCGUUCCCACUCGGCGGGAUUGCCGUGGUGAAGUUGUUCAAAGCCAGUCAGUUCGUGAAUCUGCAGGAGGUCAAAUGGAUGUUCUGCAACACCUUCCACAAAUUGGAGCCCACGGUGGGUGGAGAGUGGAGAAUGAGGAGUAUUGGGCCAAGUGUCCCGUCGGCAUACUUGGACAAGCGGUUGGAGGAUGACCAAAGCUACGGAAUCAGUUUGUUCAGUUCUGACACGUCGGACGACACCGUGGAGUGGCUCAACUCUAAGGCCGCCACCUCCGUUGUUUACGUCUCUUUUGGAAGCGUCGUAAGCUUGGAAGAAAACCAGGUAAGGGAAAUUGCAAGCAGUCUAAGAGACAACAAUAACCCCUUCGUAUGGGUCCUAGGAGAAUCAGAAUCACAAAAACUUCCGACCAACUUUCUAUCAGAAACUUCAGAGAAAGGUCUGGUUCUAAGUUGGUGCUGUCAGCUCCAAGUCUUGGCUCACUCUGCGAUCGGAUGCUUCGUCACUCAUUGUGGCUGGAACUCGACGCUCGAGGCGCUUAGCACCGGUGUCCCGAUGGUGGCGGUUCCAAAAUGGUCGGAUCAAACCACAAAUGCUAAGUUCAUAUCAGAUGUUUGGGGAGUUGGAGUCAGAGCAAAAGUGAAUGAGGAGGGCAUUUUUACUCGCAUGGAAAUAAGCAAGUGCAUCAAAGAAUUGAUGGAGGGAGAGAGAGGGAAAGGUAUAAGAAGGAAUUCGUUAAAAUGGAAGGAGUUGGCUAGAGAGGCCAUGGAUGAAGGUGGUACUUCUGAUAGCAACAUUGAUGACUUUGUAAAAGAACUUAUAAACUCUACUUGAAAUUGUUGGUUAACUCAAGUUACAAAAUUACUUCUUUUUAAAUUUGUCCAGUCCAGUUCUAGUUUACAAUGAAAUUAGGUUGUUGCGGUUAUUUUUAGUUAACUAACAUUAAGUUACCUUUUUUGUAGACAGUUCCUAGUAGUUGCUAUUAUUGUGGAAUUUGUUGGGUUUAUUUUUAGUAUCUCAGUCAUCAAAAUUUGUAUUUAUUUGGAGCAGUUAUUGAAGCAAAG